AUAUAUAUCUUUAUUAUUUAUUCUUUGUUCAAGGAAUCUGUAAAUCACAAAAGCAGUUAGGUUGCAAUAAAAAUCUUUAAAUGUGUUUGACUGCUGAAGAAAAUGAGAACAUGGAUCUAUAGGUUAUUCACGCAUUUUUAAGCAAGAGUUCAGCGACACCGAAAUAAAUGUAUGCACCUUGUACUUGGAUCUUCCCGUGACAGUAACAACAUUGAAUUAAAUUUGGUGUUUUAAUAUUUUACAUUUACAAAACAUUUAAAAAAAUAAAGACCGAUUUUGGUGUUGUUAAAUGAAGAAGGUACGGCGUUUUUCAAGGCUGAUGACGAAGGAAAUGAGAACCAAUUCCCUAUUUAUAAAAAUAUUUUAUCUGCAUAACGCGAAUUGGUUUGCAAACAAAGUGGAAUAAAAGAAAUGUAAACCAGUUAUUAGAACAUCAAAAGAAGAGAAGGAUGGACACAAAAACCAGUACAAAUGAAGGGUGUUGUCACGAAAAGCUAGAUAAGAAAAAGAAAGUAGGCAAUUACCUGUUGGGGAAGAUUAUCGGUGAAGGGGCGUUCUCCAAAAUCCGACAGGGGCUCCACAUCAUCGCGAGGGAAAAGGUAGCAGUCAAAAUCGUACCAAAGAAAGCGGUCCUCCUGCGGGAGUUUGUGAAGCGGGGCGUGCGACGGGAGGCUAUGUUGCUGCAACGACUCGAACACCAAAACAUUGUCCGUCUGUACGAGAUCAUGGAAACAGAGAACAGCUACUACCUGGUCCUAGAGUACGCUGAGGGCGGAGAGUUCAUCAAGUACCUCUCACACAGAGGCCGAUUAGAUGAAGCUGAAAGUCGCAAAUUCCUUCGACAAAUGGCGGCGGCAGUCGACCACAUGCACUCGUCUAAUAUUACACAUAGAGAUUUAAAGUUGGAAAAUUUACUCCUAGAUAUAGACAAGAACAUCAAAGUUAUAGAUUUCGGCGUGAGUAAUGUGUUUUACGGGGACAGCAGCCUGAGCACGCAGUGCGGAUCACCAGUGUACGCCGCGCCGGAAAUGUUUUGUAACCGGAAAUACGGACCCGCCGUCGACAUCUGGAGCAUGGGCGUUUGUCUGUAUGCAAUGGUUACUGGUAAGCUUCCCUUUGUGCCAGAGCCUACAAACAACAUAACUAUGUUGCAUUCACUCAUCCUGCAGGGUGCUCACAUACCGGAUACACUGUCCGAUGGUAGUGCUAACCUUCUUGCACGAAUGCUAGCCUUAGAGGUAUAUUACCGGAUCACCAUUGAUGAAGUCCUCUCCCAUCCCUGGGUGCAAGGCGAGGAAGGUUCUCUGGUGACCAGAAAGCCACCUAUCUCAAAUCUCUGCCUUUCUAUCCCGAAGCCUCAAAUUGUGAAUUAUAUGUCAACCGUUUUUAAAUUCCUCGAGGAUGACGUGUUUUGUUCUGUGAUAGAACGUAAAAUGAACGCAGUUGCGGCAACGUACAAUCUGCUACAAAGACGGUUCGAUGCCGGAAUACAAAUUGUUGGUUUGUCUAUGGCCAUAUCCAGCGCUAAAACUAACAACCGUAGUUGUGAGGGUGGCAAGAGUUGGAAUUCUCGAGUUGAUUUUCCACUUCUACCUUCUGAAAAUAUUGGUCGACAUGACAACGAUCCGUCUUCCCAAAAGAAUAUGUGUAAAUCCUACAUGCAGAUUCUCAAGGAUUCAAAGCGCAAAAGUGCCCAGAACGUGCGCUCUGGAAACGUGUUUAGACAAAAGGAAUUUGCACUUACGCGGUAUAAAACAAAAACAGACAUGAUAAGGCAUACACACACAAAAGAAGAAGUAGAUUUCUUGCCUGAUUUCCUUCUGACAUAUACUCGAUGUGACGAUACGUAUAAUCAUAAUCGAAAACCUAACCAAUCUUUUGAAUGGGAUCAGACUUGUAUAGGUUCUAAAAAUGAGCCUAGUAAAAUUGACUCAUUCAAAACAAUACACGGAAAACAAGAAAUUCAAACAGAAGACACGAAAAACAGGCACAUAGAUGGACGGAUAACCGCAGAAAUACCGCUACUUGUUCCUCCGACAAGUCCGGUAUCACCUGUCAUCCCUAGAGAUGUAUCCACAAACCAAAACGAACGCGUGUCUGAAAUAAAUGGUACUUCUAAGAGAAUUAGCAACCAAGAAAAUGUAAUAGACAUUUUAAAUAAUAAGUGUACUCUAGUUGAUGUCUCCAGAGAUCAAAGCUUCAAUAACACUGUAGCAGGGGCAAACGUGGAAGGAACGAAAUCGAUCGUGAACGACCCUUGCACGACUCGGACAUGGUCCACUUUCCAAAAGCAGAAAGAGAGACUAGGUCGAGGGGUGACCCUCGUUAAUCGAAAAAAACAUGUGGCUUAUAAUUAUGGGUUAACAAAACCCAAGGCGUUAACCAACAGAGAAGCCCGCUCGUAUUUUGAGGAGAUAGAACAAGCCAAAGUUAUUGGUCAAGGUAGAAGACUCAUGGAGAGGGCAAGAACGUCUUCUAGUUGCCAGAUCGAAAACUCUCACUCUCUUUUGAGCCGGAAACCGCACACGGCUGGACUCCACCGUGUUGUACCCGAGCCUAGAAAAGAGCCCAGCGCCGCUCUCCGGUCGACCGGCGUUGAAAAUGGUGUCACAUUUAGGACAGUUGACGCGAACGGGAUUAUUCACUUUCCGGACGUAAUGCAGACGUCACAUGCUACCUACGACGUAAGGCCUCUGAGUCCUACGAGGCAUUCGGUCGAAGAUGGCGUUACCGAUGUCAUAAGAGUGCAUAUUACAAGUUCUGCAAAAUAUUAACAUUGUUGAAAUAUUUAUCAUUGUAAUUGUACUAUAUAUAUAUAUAUAUAUAUAUAUAAAUGCAUUAUGAGGGACACACAAAAAUCAAGUUUGGACUACCUCUGAGCUAUUUUCCUUCAAAUCCACUGCUUUUGCAAACUUAAAAUGCUUUUUUUCCAUAUAAAUAUAAAAAAAACAAUUAAUUUACGCACGGAAAAACAAAAACAGGGUAUGAAACUGAAAGGAUGAAAAAAAACACAUCAAAAUGCCAUAUUUGUAAGUUAUUUUUAAUGAAUAAGCAGGUUAUCGCUUAUCUUUACCAAAACUCGCUUAAAUCGGCAUUUUGACAGUUAAAUGUAUCUAUUUUUGUCAUAAAAUCCUGUCAUCCACGCUCAAAAUUUUAUUUUACUUGUGUUAACAAGAAAUUAGAACAACACCAAAUCGGUAUUUUAAACUGAAAAGUUUUAUUUCCAUGCUUUGGCUAAUGGUUGAAAAUGUCAUUCCAUAUUUUGGUCAAAUUGCACAUUUCAUUUCUUGUUGGUAGUUAUGUGAUACUAACUGUUCUUAUUAGUCAUCGAAUGUAAAUUAAAUUGAACAUUUCACUUCAAUACUUUUAAUCAAUAUUGUGUUGGUUUAUUUCCUGUCUUGAUACAAGAUGUUUUGGUAGUUUAUGUGCUGACUGUUCUUAUUAAUCAUAAAAAGAAAUAUAUUUUUAUUUCGAAGACCAUUUUCACAUUAGGAAUUGAUUUAUUUUCCAAAAACAUGAAUAUUUCUUGUUUCGGUAUGUUUUGUACAAUUUAUAUAUUUUUCUUUUAUAUUUGAUCAGUAGGGGAUCGAAUUUUGAUUCAUGAGUGGUCAUUAGUAACACUAUUUUAACAAUUGAACAACAAUUAAGAAUAAUAUUUUUUAUGGAGAGAAAUCAUACCUAAUUUAUAUUGAAUUUCCUGUGAUAAAUUGU